CUCCCACCUACCUCCUCUUCCGCCUUGCUAUAAACCAAACCACUAAUCCCCUGAUUUUCUCAGCUAGGGAUCGGACGCUAGUGUUCUCGAUCUCUAGUGCUCUCGAUCUCUAAGCUGUUAUAGUUAAAAAACCCUAAUUUAAUCUCCACUUCAUGGCAAUAGGUACUCUAUCUCACACCUCUCCCGUCGCCGCCAGCGGCUCCGCCGCUGGCAGCAGGAAACCGCUUACAAUUUACGUUAGGGCUAAUCUAAAACAGCAUAGAAAGGGCAAAGAGGCUAAUUGCCCCUUAAGCUCUUCCACUAUGCAUACAGCAGAGGUGCUCGCGUCUCGUCUCGGCCUUGACAUAGCAGUCGCCGAACUAGAGCGCCUCUUCUCACAGCCCGGCGCCGAUCCGCCGGACUACGGAUUGAACGGCGGCCACCGCCGUCCAAUCCGCGUGGCCUACCAGGGCGUCCGUGGUUCCUACUGCCAUGAGGCCGCCACGACCUCGUUCCCCUCCGCCGCCGCCGUCGAGGCCUUCCCCUCAGGAUUUUGGAUGGAGGACGCCUUCUCCACCCUUGAAUCCGGCUCUGCCGACCGCGCCAUCAUACCUGCCGAAAACUCCUUAGAUGGUCCCAUCGACCGUAACCUCGAUCUUCUAUUACGUCAUCCCGCAAUCCGGAUCACCGGAGAACUCGUCGUACCCGUUAACCACUGCCUCCUAGCUGCCCCUGGCGUCGAGAUCUCCGACCUACGCCGUAUCGUCAGCCACCCGCAGGCUCUAGGUCACUGCGAGCGACGACUCCAAUCUCUUGAUCUUGAAGUAGAAGAGGUUGACGACGCCGCCGAGGCGGCGCGCGCGGUGGCGGAGGACCGGAUCCGUGAUACGGCCGUGAUCGGAAGCAGGAUCGCGGCUAAGGAGUUCGGACUUCGGAUCAUGGAACAGAGCUUCCAUGACGAGGGAGGUAACUAUAACCGCUUCCUCCAGCUGGGAGUGGGCGAUGGGCCCCUUCACUGCGGUGAGAAGCGGAAGACGACGGUGGCGUUCUCGCUGGAGAAGGGAGUGUCAGGUUUGUUCCGGGCGCUGUGGGUCUUCGAGAGCCGGGGGAUCCGGGUCACGAAAGUCGACCACCGGCCUAAUAGAGCGAAUCCGGUCCGUUUGGUGAGUCGGGCCGGGGGCGGGGAGUUGGCUCAGAUGGAUUACGUAUUUGUGGUGGAUGUGGAAGGCGGCGAGUCGGACAGUCGCGUGGCGGCGGCGGUGGCGGCGUUGGGCGAGAUUUCAGGGUUCGUGCGGGUGCUUGGGAGCUAUGCGUGCACGUGCGGUGCUUGAAGGAGGAUGAUGUGCAAAUAACAGGAUUAAUUGUUAAUAUCAGAAUUUACUUAAUUACUUUAGAAAUCAAAGUCAUAAUAAGGAUUUUCAUUUUUUAACCCUUUGUUCAAACCAUUUGAGCUGAAGAGAGCAGCAGCUCAAAAACCGAAUGUUGUUUGUUGUUUUUUGAAGCAAAUUGCUUUGAGAAACUUUUAUGAAGUGGAUAUUUUUCUA